UUUUUUUCUUUGUAUUAAUUUAGAUAAGAGACUUUACAUUAGAAAAUCCUUCUAGUCUUCCAGUAUUAAUACAAAUAGUACCAUUAGCAUUAUAUCCUAGUGCAAAAACAGCUAUUGAGAUGUUAUCACAGAGAUUGGGAAAAGAUGGUAACAUUUUAAAAGAAGCAGAUAAUAAUGAUCACAGUGCAUUUAUAUUACAUGAUUUAGAGGAAUAUAAUCCUAAGCCAGAAAAUCCAGUUCCUACUUACAGAAAAACAUUAGAAGAAUAUUUUGGUGUACAAUCACAUAGGCAUACAAUUGCAAUGUUAUUGACUCCUGGCAUGAGAAUUAGAGUACAUAUUGGGUUUGCUCCAAAGGAUGAUAUUCUUAAAUCAUCAUUAAUUUUAAUAAGAAAUAAUUUGACUGUAAUGGAUGCAUUGGUAGUUCAAGGUCAAGGAGGUUAUGGACAGAUAAAAUUUGGCAACAAAUCACCUGGGGCAAAUUCAUCUUUAAUGUUUGAAUUAACAGACAAGCAUCUUAAAGAUUGUGAUGGAAAUAAGAAUAAUAGAUUUAUGCAACCAAAUUUCACUGUACGAAGAGCUUUUACAGCUCGGAAUACUGGAGAAUUGCCAAUUUAUAUUAGUGGAUUUGACAUAAACGGAAUACCUUGUGAAGGUUAUGGGUUUAGAAUAUUAAAUUGCCAUGGGUUUGAAUUAAAACCUAAUGCAAGUAAAAAAAUAGAUAUUGCGUUUACACCUGAUUUUACUCUUUUUAGAGUAGAAAGAAUGUUACAAAUUCAUACGAGUUUAGGAGCUGAUCAUUUAAUUCAAUUUACACUUGUUGCAACUCUUCCUCGUCACAUGUUAGCUCCAUGUAUGCAGGCAUUGCCUCGUCCCUAUUGGGAACCCAUUAUAUACUAUAGCAUUGUUAUUUUUACUAUUUUUAUGUCAAUAUUUGUUUUUAUUGCUGCUUAUUUGGAAAACGAUCGAAUUUUAAAAUCUGCUUUUUCUUCAAUGAUUACUACUACUAUAACUACAGGAAGUGAAUUAAAACAGGAAAAAGGCUAUUUAUUUGACUUAAAAAGCAUUAUUAAUUCCUACAACGAUCAUCAAUUAAUAGGAAGAAUUCAUGGGAAUAAUUAUUUGGAAGGUAAAAGAAGACAUAAUUCUGUAGAAUCAUCAUUGAUCUCAAACAUGGAUUUAUCAUCAGGCAUAAACCAUAAUCAGCGUAGAGGGAGUGAAAAUAAUUCUUUAUCAAAAAGCAAAGACUGUCUGAGUAAUAUAUCAUUGAAAGAUAUUGAUUUGGACUUAAAUGAUUUCAAUAUCAAAAAUAAGAAAAAAGCACAAAAAUAUAAACAUGACUGUUAUUCUCAUGGUGAAAAUGAAAGCAAGAAAACACAAAAAACACAAAGUUGGACUAGUUUUCUCAAGCCUAAUUUUUCUUUUCGUAGUGGUUCUGUUAAAACCAAUAACAACAGUAAGCCAAGUGUGGGAACACAAACGCAUAAAGAACAUCAAAAAGAUAACAGUAUAUUUAAACAGUCUGAUGAUAUUGAUAUAAUAAAUCAAAAAGAACUAUCAGAAAUGUUAUCUGAUAAUGACAAUAAAAGUAAAUCUAAGCAAAAAAUAAAGGAUAAAAAUAAUGAUAAAAAUAAAUUAAAAAGAAAAAAUGAAGUUUUAGUGGAAGAAGAAACAUCAUCAACUACUACAGAAACUUCAAGCCCUGAAUCAGAUAUUAGUGAAAAGGAUCAUCGUUUACCAGAUAUUUGUGUCACAGCAAAACCAAUGAAGUCAAAGCGUUCUAAAUCUAAAAGUUGUGAGCAUUCUAGAAAUUUAGAUACAACAUUGAUUCAUACUAAAGAAUCUAUAGAUUGUCAUGAUGAUGGUGGCUUUGAACUCAGUACCAAAAGUAAAGCGCAUAAAAAAAUAAAAGUUGAUCCAACCAAAGUGUUUGGUGGAGAUAUACUUCGUCCCAGUACGUUGGAACUACCAUAUAGACCUAAACCAAUAAUUUUAUCUCAUGAAAACAAAGAAAAUAUAUCUCAGCCUGAUGAUUCUAAUAAUUUCUGUGCCAAAAUAUCUUCUAGAUCUUCGGUAUCAAAGUCAAAAGGCUAUCCACUGGCAUUCAUGUCAGAUACUGACAGCAGUGACUUAGGCAAAGAGUCUCCUCCACCUAUUUGGGACCAGUCACAACCAAUUCAAAACAAUGAUGAAGCAUUUUCAGAAUUGGCUCAUCAAACAGAAGCAUUUGCAUUACAACAUAAUCUUAAUAAUGGAAAAUGGUGUUCUAACAGUCAUUCUCUUGGAAACAAUACACAUUCUUCUACAUAUUCAGCAGUUGUUAGUAGAGAUAGUCGAAACAUUAAAGGAAAAAUUAAAACUACAAUUGCUCAAAAUGGCAAUGAUUUAAAGACGAGUACAAAUCAAACUUUGAAAAAUGCAGGAUUAAUAGGUCAAAGACCAUCAUCAUUACUUUUGACGACAGAUCCUCUCUCCAUGAAUGUAAAUACUUCUUGUGUUUGGAACUGUAAUACUCCUCAAAUGUCCCCAGUCAUUACUGCUGGAUCUCCUGAAACUCCACAAGAUGAUGGUUCUGCAGAUUUAUUAAACUGGUUGGCUCAUCCAUUACCUGAACAGUUGUCUUUCACUGAAUUACCUGAACUGCCUCCUAUUAGUCUUAAAACUGAUACUUUUAUAUCCAAUGAUAGUGAUUCUGGUUUUGUUGAUACAUUCCCAUCAAAUGCAUCAAGUCCAUCUUGGAGUCAACCCAUGACAGUUAUGCAAGCAUUACAAGCAGAGAGACGUCAACGUAUUGAUGAGUAUCAUAAGCAACUUGCAUUGUACAAUGAUUGGCCAGGAUUUGAUCUACCAGAUGUAAGUGAAAGUUUGUGGGACCAAAAUUAUAAUCCUUGUAUUGAUAGCUGGAGUGAAAAGGCACCUAUUUGCGAUUUUGUUGAUAACAAGACAGAAGAAGAUGCAGAGAAACCCCUAUUUAUUGGAAAUGACUCUGUUUGGAAUACUGUUGGCAAUAACAACUGGAACUCUGGUCCAUCUGUAUGGCAAGCAACAGCAGUAAACAGCUGUCCUACAUCCACAGAUAUUGGAGUUGAUAUAUUAUCAAAUGUAAAUCAUAGUGCUGAUGAACCAAACGAAGAAUCAAUAUGUUCAUCUGUUGAGAAUAAUGAAAAUUCAUCACAAUUGAACAAUGAAAAUGGAUUUGACCCCUUUCAUGCGCUAAGCAGUUUGUGGAAUCCCAAUCUGCCAACAACUGAAACUACUCCAGGCUCUGAUGUAUGGUCUUUCAGUCUGUUUUCACAGCCACCAACUACUGAAACUGGAUCAUCUGAAAAUAUAUUGAACCAGGAAGAACAAACCAAAAGUUAAUUUUAUUGGCAAUAAUGUAUUCCUUAUAUACAAGUUUUGACAAUAAAGUUCUGUGACUCUUAUAUUUGAUAAAUUCAGUUGAUAUAAUAAAACAUCUUUCUCAUAAUAAUUCACUCAAAAAGAAUUUUUGACUACAUAGCAAUAUCAAAACUUAUAUUCAGUUUUACUUACAGAAUUGUAAAUAUUAAUUGGCACUAAACCAGACAAUUGUCAUAAUUAAUCAGAAUAUUAUUUUGCUAUAGCAAAAUAAUAUUCUGAUUAAUUAUGACAAUUACUAUUUCUACAGUUACUAUUACGACAAUUACAAAAACUA